AUGGAUUUCCGCUUGAAACGCAAACUAGAAGUACAACAAAUCCUCAGCAAGGAUCAUCAAGAAGGGAAAUACCAGAAACACGCUUUUCGCAUAUGUCAACUACGAGCACAAAGAAUUCAAUUUCUAAGUUAUGAAGAGAGAAUUGAGUUAUGGAAUUUAGAGAACGCACAAUUUGAAGAGUUGAUUAUUGAACCGGCAUUGAGUUAUUAUAAUCGAUAUUUUGAAAGAGGACAAGUCCAAACAGAUAGUGGGAUGGGAUGGAGAAAUAUUUGGCAUCGAUUACAACAAGAUCAUGCUGCUUGUCUUCAGUUACUACGAAUGUCACUUGACUGUUUUAGAACUUUGUGUCAUAAAUUUGAGACAACGUAUGGCUUACGACCAACAUUGAAUGUAAGCAUCGAAGAGAGUGUGGCCAUGUUUUUACGAAUAUGUGGACACAACGAAGUUCAGCGGGAUGUUGGAUUACGAUUUGGACGAAAUCAAGAAAUAGUGAAGAGAAAGUUUUUUAAAGUGCUUAGAGCAACUGAGUUACUAGCUUGUGAUUAUAUCCACACUCCAACAACGCAAGAAUUACACAGGAUUCCUGACCGAUUAAUGGAUGGAAAAUAUUUGCCUUUUUUUAGUGGAUUUGUCGGGGCAAUGGAUGGUGUUCAUGUAUGUGUUAAGGUAAAGCCAGAACUACAAGGAAUGUAUUGGAAUCGACAUGACAGAACAUCAUUUAACAUAAUGGCAAUAUGUGAUCUGAAUAUGUUGUUCACAUAUGUUUGGAACGGAGCACCAGGAUCUUGUCAUGACAGGGCUGUUCUUACGAUGGCGCAAAAUAAUGAUCCUGAAUUUCCUUUGCCACCCGCAGAUAAAUAUUAUGUGGUUGACUCUGGUUAUCCAAAUAAACAAGGUUUUCUUGCUCCAUAUAAAUCUUCACGAAACAUGGUUGUUCGGUAUCAUAUGUCACAAUUCGAAAAUGCUCCUCCUCCUCGGAAUAAGCAUGAAUUUUUUAACCGGUGGCAUGCAUCUUUGCGUUCUGUCAUUGAAAGGACAUUUGGAGUUUGGAAGAAGAAAUGGAGGAUUCUUUGUGAUUUUCCAAGAUAUAAUAUUGAAGUACAGAAGAGAGUGGUGGUUGCUACAAUGGGUUUACACAAUUUUAUCAGAAUUUCAAAUUUUAUCGAUGAUGACUUUGCGGAGACAUUAGGACAAUCACCUACUGAUAACGUUGAUUUGGAGUAUAAUUCAAAUGAUAUGGAAACAAUUGUUACACCUAAAGGCGAUGCAAUGGCGAAUAUAAGAGAACAAAUUGCAAAUACAUUAUGGGCAAAUAAAAACCGUAUGUAUUGAUUUCUUUGAUUAUUGUAUUUGGAUUUUUUAUAUGUUUAAUUUGAAUUUACAUUAGUUUUGAAUUUAUUUGAUUAUUUAAAAAUUGAUCUUCUAGUUACCAUUUAAGCAAACAUAAGAAUACUAUUUUUUCUGCAAAAUAAACAAAAUUAUUUUAAUCAUUCCAAAUCAUAUAUAUAUAUAUAUAUAUAUAUAU